GAUCCAGUGGCCCUGGUCUCUUGGCCGUCCCACCGGGACCUUCCACCUCCAGCCCGAGCCUUUGCCCCGGUUGUUCGCUUUGCCUCGAAUGCCCUCCCCACCCCUGCUUCCCUGGCUGCCUUGAAAUCGUACCUUCGAAGAGAACCCUAAUUCCUAACCCCGCCGGCGCCUGGGGUGGGGGGUUUCCUCCUAUUUAUCCGAGGUACACGUAGGGGCCCCAGGACACCCAGAGCUCCCGAGAGCAGGGAAUGUGAGCACAGAGCCUGGUACGUAAUUGGCGCUUAAUCAAUGCGAGCUUUCCCGUGACAGUCGGACCCGAGGCCACACGCGGAGCCUCCUCGAGGUUCUAGAGAUGAAGGAUCCACCGCACCGCCAGGGCCAAAGAAAGGGCACUGAGGAUGAAAUUCAGAUUGUUCUAGAGACAGACAGUUUCCCACUGAUGGAACUCAGACACUUCCAGGCCACAGAGACCUGGGACUUUGUCCUUGUCUCUGAUCUUCAGAAGACAAACCCAAACAGGGCCCAUCGGCGGCAGAGAUUCCUGGCAGAACUCGAAAAGAUGGGCUUCACUAUCAAGGAAGUAGAAGACAGAAGAAAGUUGUUCUGUGGUAUCAGAGCUCACAGCAGUCUCUUAAGCCAGUACAUGGAGCUGCUGAAGGACACCAGCUGUUCCCCUGGUGCCCUGCCCACGACCACCACUCGGAUUCGCAUUGUUAACUUCAUCAUAAGGAAGAAGGAGGUGGAUGGUGAGAAUUUUGAUGACCUGAGGAAGGACCACGUGUUUGAGGCCAAGUUCGCUCUCCAUGAGAGGGAAGAAUUUCUACAGAAUAACUGGGCCCAGUGGAGAGACAUCUUCCAAAAGCAGCCCAUUAACAACAUUAGAGACUACUUUGGGGAGAAGGUGGCCUUAUACUUUGCUUGGCUGGGUUGGUACACCGUGAUGCUGGUGCCUGCGGCUGUCGCUGGCCUUCUCGUCUUCCUCAGUGGCUUCUCCCUCUUUCAUGCCAGCCAGAUCAGCAAAGAGAUCUGUGAGGCCAACGAAACCAUCAUGUGCCCGCUCCAAGACCAUCAGCGCAAAUACUGGAGACUUUCAGAGACUUGCACCUUUGCCAAGCUCACACACCUCUUUGACAACGAGGGCACGGUGUUCUUUGCCAUCUUCAUGGCACUGUGGGCCACUGUGUUUCUGGAGUUCUGGAAGCGGGCACGGGCACAGACUGCCUUUGGCUGGAACCUGUAUGGGUGGGAUGAGGACCAGGAGGAGCUUGCCAUGGAGCUGAUCAACAACCCCACCUACCAAUUACGGAAGCACCAGCAUUCCUAUCUGCGAAGUGGUGCUAUCCUCCUCUUCUCCCUGGUCAUGAUCUGCUUGCUGAUUGGCAUGGCCCAUGUCCUGGUUCUCUAUCGGGUCAUGGCUACCUUCCUCUUCAGCCACUCAGCAUUGCCCUUCCUGGAGCGGCAGCUGACCACGGCGGUAGUGGUCACGGGAGCCCUGGUGCAUUACAUGAUCAUUGUGGUCAUGACCAAGGUGAACAGGAAGGUGGCUUUGAAGCUUUGUGACUUUGAGAAACCUCGGACGUUCCCAGAGCGAGAGAGCAAUUUCACUGUCAAGUUCUUCACCUUCCAGUUCUUUACCCAUUUCUCAUCCCUCAUCUACACUGCCUUCUUCCUGGGCAGGAUAAACGGGCACCCAGGAAACCAAGUCCGAAUUGGUGGUCAGUGGAGGCUGGAAGAGUGCCACCCCAGUGGCUGCAUGAUGGACUUGUUUGUGCAAAUGGCCAUCAUCAUGGGCCUGAAACAGACCCUCAGCAACUGUGUGGAAUAUCUGAGCCCGUGGCUGACUUACCGCAUAGGGAAGCUAACAGAGUGGCCCCAGGGCAGCAGGCUGCAUGAUCCAAGCCUGGAGGAGUGGCUGAAAAACUAUUCCCUGAAUGAAGUUAACGUUUUCAGCCUGUUUGAGGAGUUUAUGGAAAUGAUGAUCCAGUAUGGUUUUACCACCAUCUUUGUGGCUGCCUUCCCCCUGGCCCCACUCCUGGCAUUUUUUAGCAACCUCAUUGAGAUCCGUCUGGAUGCCAUCAAGAUGGUCAAACUGCAGCGGCGGCUGGUACCUCGAAAGACAAAUGACAUUGGGACCUGGCUGCAGGUGCUUGAGGCCAUUGGGGUGCUGGCAGUCAUCGCUAAUGGGAUGGUCAUUGCUUUUACGUCUGAAUUCAUCCCCCGUCUCAUGUAUAAGUACCACUAUGGACCAUGUAGCCGGGGAAGGAACAUCACAGCUGACUGUCUGACCGGAUACGUCAACCACAGCCUUUCCGUUUUCCAUACCAAGGACUACAAGGACCAAUUCCCAAGCCAAGGAAUAGAGAGUGUGACUGAGUGCAGGUACCGGGAUUACCGGAAUGGGACCGAUUACAACUACUCCAAUGAGUUCUGGUUCCUCCUGGCCUCCAGGCUGGCCUUUGUCAUUCUCUUUGAGCAUGUGGCCUUGUGCGGUAAACUUAUCGCUGCCUGGUUUGUCCCUGAUGUCCCCCAGUCUGUGAAAAACAAAGACCUUGAGGAAAAAUAUGAGGCUCUUCGUAAAAAACUCUGCCUCAGCUCCAGAGUCACUGAUGUGUAGGGAGGCUGGAAGAAGGAUCAGAAGAGCCUAAGGUGACCCAAAGUAGCCUCUGUCCAGCCUGGAUGCUAUGUGACCUCUGAGCUCCCAAGGCUUCUGUGAUGUCCUCUUGAAUCCUGUCUGUCCCUGGGGUACUGGGAAAUGAGGCAGCAGUAUUAGAAGGAGAGGCAAUCCUUCUGCAUGUCCUGCCUUCCUUUGUGAACAAGCCCUCAGCCCCUCAGCCUGGUCCCUGGCCAGCUGGACCCUGGAUCUGAUCAGGAGUACCUGAGCGGGAUUUCUACCCAGCCACACACUCCUUCAAACCCAAAUCUCUGGGUUGCCCUUUCUUUAGGCAGCCUGUCUUUCCUGGAAGGACUAAGGCAGCCUGACU